CUCAACUUAACGAUCUCGUGGUUUUCAGGGGUUUCUCACAAGGCACAGUCCCGCCCGACGCAGUGAAGGAACGCGGCCCACUCAACCUCAAGUACCGCUGACCUAUUUUAAGACCACCUUGCUCUCACGUGACAUGCAAAUGUCGGGUAAAGGCCAAGUAAAGCGAAGGCGACCAUCGCAAGACUGCUCGAUGCUAUAACCAGUGCAAGGCCUACGCAAUAAUCAUGAUACCAAUAACAUAUGCUUCUUAUAUAUUAUAUAUUAUUGUCUUUUGUAUUUGAAGUGUGAGUGCUUCUAUAUACAAUGGGGUUUUUUUUUGUUUGUUUGUUUGUUUGUUUACGAUCAGCUCGGCUUGCUUGAAUGAGGUCGAUUCGAUCAUAGGACAACUCGACCAAGUCCUUUAGUCUAUUUGACACAAAUAUAAAUGACUUUGGCAGUAGUUUUGAUUCUUAGUAAAUAGAAGAAGCUAUUCUACAUGCAACAAAGGUUGCUGCUGCUAUUUUAUUUUUUUCAAUAGUCCUUUGUGUAUCGCUGUUCUCAGUUAUUGUGUGAACAAUAUAAAAAAAUAUUUUACGUGGUCGAAUUGGUAGAUAUAUAGUGGGAUCGACCAAUCCCUCGAAUGAGUGGGAGGGGCGAGGUACAACAUUGUAAACAAUGAAAUGUUAAUAUUACUAUUAGCAAGCAGUUAACAGUUCAAGUAACUAAACUAAAUCUAAUUAAAAAGCCUUUGUCAUGGUUUAAUUGUCAAGCCGUAUUGCUUUUGUUUUUAAUUUGAUAAAUAAAAUUCCGUCGAAAAUCAAUUAUUACUUUAGGAAAGGACACUUUUGCGCAUUUGCUUGUUUAGAAUUGCAUGCAUGUGAAUAGUCGCAAUAAAAAUUGUGAACUCGUAUAAUUUUUGGAGGGACUCUCCGCUAUUUUCGUCAAUCCCAAAAUUGCUUUUUUGGGGGGUUUUGUUAAUUGUAUCACCCCUCCCUUGUAGCGAGACAAAUGUUUCAACCAAAGAACCUUAUUUCGAGGAAUGCAGACGCUGGGUCUUCUAGUGUUGCUGAAUGAUUGAGCAGACAUUUUCGUGGGGUUUUUUUUUUUUUAAUCAAAACCAAAAAUAAAUCGUGAGUUGUAUGUGUUUAGCUUUUUGGUGUUAUUUUUAUUUAAAUUUGACUUGUAUACAUAUAGUUACUUAAUUGUAGUUACUCUGUAGCAGACGAUCAAACACCCACUCGCGCAGUGAUAUCAAAAGAAAAUAGUGCACUAUCCACGUAUGUCUGUGCAAGCUGUAAUAAUUUGUACCUAAAAGUUUCCUGUGUUUCUCAACUGUUAAAUUUAAUUUUGUAGUAUGCAUAGACCAUUGGCUCUUGCUGAGAGUUCGGUUCUGUCCUUACAACAAGACGCACACGUACCUCGAUCGCUUAAAUUGGAACGAGAUUAUUUUUCUUGGUUGUAACAUCGGCUGUCUCGCCACACCCUCCCCAUGCAGUCCGUCAAAAGGCAAAUUUAAUGCAUCGUAAUUGCUUACAUGUGUUACUGUUAAAUGUAGAUUGCUAAUAAUUAGUAGUCGUAACGAAUACGUUCUGAGAAUAAUAUAUUCAGGCCUAACACGAGAGAGGUCGGGCAGCGCAGGGGAGGGAUGGUGUAACCAGGGCCGGCAAUUUUCGUUUUUCGUUUAAACAAAAGUGAAAUGAUAAUUCAUCACGAGGAAGAACAAUAGAGAAAGGUAGACCUUAAAAGUUUCACGACUACUAUAGUUACUGCUGCUUCCGAUAGUUGCAUCCGCGUAUGUGACGACAGUGCUCAACAUAUAAGACAUGCGCACAUAGGUGAACUGGUGAAGGAUAAACAGUAUGUAUUGUCUUCGAUCUUCGUUUCUUUUUCAAGUUUUUCGCACCCAUUGUUGACACUUUCCUGCAGAAAGGGCGUGAAUCAUUUUAUGUGUUGAAGUGAUUUUCCUCUCACGUAAUGACCGCCCCCGUGUGCACUAAGGCACUCACAUGUUCGUCUCAAGAAGUUGUGUACACUUUUCCUAAUGUUUUGUUGUCUUUAUUAAGUUACUUAACAAAAUGUAGAUUUUGCCAGUGGAAUUAUAACUUGUAAGCAUACUGUUAUAUACUGGAAAAAUAAACCAUUACAGAUGUAAGGGGACAGACAGAUCGUCUAUGUCAGGGCCCGUUCUAACUUUUGGCGGCCCCGUCCAACAAAGAUGAUGAAUUUAAGUUUUUGAAACUUCGGAAGUUUUGUAAAUAAGAAAUAAACUCCAGCCUAAAAAUAAUUACAGCAAAAUUCGGUGCUUAAGAAAAACAAGUAAAAAUUGCAACUGUUUUUCCCAUCCCUCCCUCCGACAUACAGGAACGAUAACUCAACACGAGUUUUUUUCCCGCGGUUGAUUUGAUCUACGUACUUAUUGCAAUCUACAUACUCUACGGACUCGCUUAAUUAUUACGGUAUGUAUCAACAUGGUUUAAAUUCCAUAUAUCAGAUAAUCAAAUCAGCUGUACAACAGCUAAAUAGCGUCUUUUCAUUAAAUUUUAUAAAUUGAUCAAGUCAUAGAAUAAGUAAAUCCUGGACAAAUCAAUGUAAGCGAUAAUUCUACAUGUGAAAUACAUUUUUUCCCCAAAGGCAUAUAUUUUGGAAAUAUAACACAUUUAACCCAUUAAAAAUUCAUUAGUCAACACUCCAAGUCAGUAUAGCCCUCUAACUGUAAAAUCCACCCAGCCACAAGACCGUCUAGCUAUUAUUCAGCGUCAGUAGUUAGAAGGAAACGGUUGAAAUUUAGCACUUAAAACAGAAAUAACAGCCCAUAAAAUAAAUCGAAAUAAAGUAAAUUUAACUAUUACUUACCCUUAGGCAUAACCAUUCAACUACCAAACCCUCCAAAAGAAAAGAAAAUUAAGAACAAUGGAAAGACAGAGGCUACAUAUAUAUUUUUAGUUUAUUGCCUCUGUUUAGAAAGUGCAGCAAGAGAAAUUGAAUUUUUAAAGUACAAAGUUAAAUGUGAAUGUAUGUAAGAGAGCUAGAGACGCAUACAGUGUGAGAUCUACAAAUUAUGGCUACUGUUUUAAGUUUCGAGUGAUAACCAUGGGUACAAAAGACUAUAAGACAAAAACAUUCUUUGGUCUCUUCAGAUUAUGGAAGGAAAACGAAUGACAGCUUUUAAUGUCUACUGUAGCGAAAAACGGAAAGAAAACCCCGGUGCUGGCUUUCGGAUGACGAUGUGGGCCAGAGAGUGGCAUCAACUAAGCUGUGAGGCCAAGAAAAAUUAUAAAGAGAAGGCCCAGGCGUUAGGAAAGAAAUGUGCUGCGGUUGACUGCCUUCGGAAGAUAAAGAAACUGAUAAGCAGGCUUGAAGGCACAAGUGACAGGGAAGCUUUAGGCAUUCAAGCCAUAGGCCUUGUGAUAUUAAAAAAUGGCACUCUGGACGCUUGUGGAUUUGGUGGAUUGCAAAACUGCCUGAAUGAUGCAGCCCUACAUCUAAAACUGUUAGGGCUCAGCACAGGAGGGGACAUGGCUAAUAUUAAAAAAAGCACUAUUGAUGAAUUGCGCAAGAAAGCGCAAGAAAAAAUGUCGAAAAUUGCAAGGGAAGCAUGA